AUGUCACCGUCUCUCGCCACCAUUGCCGCGUCGCUGUCCGGCGAUAUGUCGCCGUUCGUCGUCACCGCCACCGCGUCGCUGUCCCUCGCCGCCGUCACUGCGUCGUGGGCCGUCGCGACACAAUCCCUCGCCGCCGUCACCGCGUCACUGUACGUCGGGGUUGCAUCACUGUCUCUUGCCGCGCUGCUGUCCGUCGCCGACUUCCCAGCACAAACCAUCGGUGGCGGUGAAAUGACGCUGGCUGUACAAUGCUACGCAGAAUAUGAAGAUUUCACAGAAUCCACAGAAUCCACAGAAUCCACUGAAUCCACAGAAUUCACAGAUUUCACAGAAUUCACAGAGCACGCUGAUACAACGACCGAGACUACCACACCAAAGAAAACUGAUUUUAUUGGUUUUCCCAGCCCAUUUAUAACUGUAUCUGAUAUGUGGAUGCCGUUAGCGACUUGGAUUGGAAACGUUUUAAAAUUUGUUGGAAAAUUUAUUUAAUUAUUUGAUGGUUCUGAAACGAAUUGUUACCAAUUCCUUUCUCCAGAGAAAAUCAACCUUGUAUGUUGAUUGAUUCGUUUCGCUUAUCGGCAU